UUACUAUUCUGCUCUACCACCACAUAUUGCUGAUAAACUACGUGACAAGGGCUUCCUCUCGGACCUGGAGGCCCAUAUCGAGACCAGACUCGGUCGUAUGUCCGCCCGGGACAUCUCCCUCAUAUCUCGCUCUACUACUACUAUCGGAAUCGAUCGGAUGACGGAAGCCUUCCUUCGAUCGAAGGAGAUACAGACCGGCAAUCUGCUUUACUAUUGCGUCACCUUGCUGAAGGCAGGAGUCAGUAGACCCCCUGUUACCUUCAUGAACCGCCUGAGACGUGAGAUCGACGCCACGUUCACGCAGCUGAAACCGGCCCAUAUCGAACGCUUCCUGCAUGUUUUCAUGAACCUUGAAUGCUUCAGUGACGAGAGGAUCCUAAUAUGCCUAUCCCGUGCUACGGAGUCCAAUUUGGACCGUAUGAGUCAGCGCAGACUCAGAUCGAUAUUGUUGGCUUUUCAUCGGCUAUGCAAACCUACUAACUCGUUACUGCCGCAGCUAGCUGCUCGGGUUCGGGCUGCUGUCCCGAGGGAGGCGAUACAUGCCGAGACCAUAGCUUUGCUUAUGCGUGCAUUUGCGGUAGAGUCACCUCUGAAACAACAGCAGAACACUCGCCUCAUCUUGACUGAUUUGGGCCGACAACUCGUGGACCGAUUGCGAUCCGCUACAAAAGGUGCGACUCCGCGGCGAUCCUCUCAUUCCGAACUGUGCGAUGUGGAGCUACUUGGAAUGCGUAAACUUGAUGGGAGUGGUAUCGCUCCAGAUGAAACUACGGCAUUAUCACAAGGCGUUGAGCGUUGGUCUGCUAGGGUUAUCAGCCAUUCUCUGGAGGAUGAGAGGAAGGCUGGUAUUCAUCCUACACCACCGUCGACUGUUAUUACGAGGUACUCGACACCGCAAGCGGAGACCAACGGUAUUGCUAGUAUACGAUAUGAACCCGUUCAUGAGGGAGAUAGAGAUGCUACAGUGGAUGGACUGGACGAGGAGCAAUUGGCAGUUCUGAAGCAGAUGGAAGAGGAG